GGGCUUUCUUCGGGGCUUGCAGAGGACAUGCGACGCAGAGCAGAGUGCCGGGCCUCGGGAGCCAACGCCGGUUAAUUAGGCUAAGUAUCAAAGUGCAGCGUUAGAAGAAUUCCUCUUACCUUCCAAUGGGUUUUGUGUAAAGAAAUAUUGGUGUGGGAGGAAAGAGAAUCAGACCAAUCUUCCCCCAUAGUCAUCUGCAUCUCUUAGAUUUUUUUUCUCCUCCCUUUAAACUCUUCUUUAACAUAUUGGGUUAAGGCUUUAAAAAGCGAAGGCUCGCGCUAAGAAACCCUGUUCCUUCAAUGAUUCCCUAUUUCAAAUAAAAGGAUUUAAGUUGACGUAUGACCACGUGAGCACAUAAUACAGCGCAUUAUUGUGGCAUUUGGAGUGGAGACCCGGUCUGGCUCCGUCUGCGAUUACGCUUUUCCAGUUUCUGUUCAGAGCAAGCACUGCUUUCUAUUAUUUUUUUUUUUCCUCCUGCCCCCAUCACCGUCCCCACAAGAGCUGGCCAUUUCGCUGACAGCUUUCGUUCCUUAUGGAAAGGUUAUUGUCGAGCCGAGAGGACGAAAUGCUUCGUUAGAAAGGAUGGAUUUUAUUUUAAGGUCUGCCCGGAGAGGCCAUUGGAGGAAGAGCGCCACGUGACAGAGGGGUGCCAAUGUUAUUCUCCAAGGGUGUCAAGACCCUGUCAGUUUGCGAAAUAAAUAUUGGGAAACAACGAAAUGCAAAAAGCGACCUACUACGACAGCUCUGCAAUCUAUGGUGCCUACCCCUACCAAGGAGCAAAUGGUUUCACUUAUAAUGCGAGUCAGCAGCAAUAUCCUCCAUCUUCAUCACUUGUGGAAACUGAGUACCACCGCCCCGCGUGCUCCCUCCAGUCCCCUGGCAGCUCUGUGUCCCACCACAAGGCCAAUGACAUCAGUGAGAGUUGCAUGAGGACCCUCCCCAGCCAGACCCUCCAGCCCCCCAGCCUCGCUGACCCACAGGCUCCACCGCAGCCGCCUCCAGCCCAGCAGUCACAACCUCCACCUCCGACCUCCACCUCACCAUCUCAAAAUGCCAGCAGCAACCCUGCCCCAGCCAACCCUACCAAGAGCCCAGCUCUUAACUCACCCACCGUAUCCAAACAGAUAUUCCCAUGGAUGAAAGAAUCUCGGCAAAACACAAAGCAGAAAAACAGCAGUUCCAGUUCAGGUGAGAGUUGUGCUGGUGAUAAAAGCCCUCCAGGGCAAGCCUCCUCUAAGCGAGCCCGUACAGCUUACACAAGUGCCCAGCUGGUAGAACUGGAAAAGGAGUUCCACUUCAAUAGGUACCUUUGCAGGCCACGAAGGGUAGAAAUGGCUAAUUUGCUCAAUCUCACAGAAAGACAGAUCAAAAUCUGGUUUCAAAACCGCAGAAUGAAAUAUAAAAAGGAUCAAAAGGGAAAGGGUAUGAUGACCUCUUCAGGAGGACAGUCCCCAAGCAGAAGCCCCGUCCCUCCAGCUGCUGGGGGAUAUCUAAACUCUAUGCAUUCUUUAGUAAACAGUGUCCCGUACGAACCCCAGUCGCCUCCACCAUUUAACAAGCCUCAUCAAAAUACCUAUGGCAUCCCUGCAUCGUAUACUGCUCCUCUCAAUAAUUGCCCACCUCCUCAAAAGAGAUACACGGGGACAGCAGCUGUGACACCUGAAUAUGAUACUCAUCCUCUUCAAGGCAACGGUUAUGGGAAUCCACAUAUACAGGGAAGCCCCGUCUACGUAGGGGGCAACUAUGUGGAGACCAUGACCAAUUCUGGGCCUUCCAUCUUUGGUCUAACUCAUCUCCCUCAUCCUCCCUCUGCCAACAUGGACUACAGCGGGGCUGGGCCAAUGGCCAACAAUCACCACCAUGGACCUUGUGAUCCACAUCCAACAUACACAGACCUUACUGCUCACCAUCCUUCUCAGGGAAGAAUUCAGGAAGCGCCCAAACUCACUCAUCUGUAAGAGACAGGAGUCACUAAGAGGAACAGCAAGCCCCCAAGUUUUGGAAAGUACUCAUCCCUUCCCUUCUCUCUCCUCCCCCCAACAUGUGCCCUCCCCUUCCCUUCUCGUUUCUUUUGUUCGUUUUGGUUUGUUUUGUUUCCUUUCGUAAAAGCGUUUUCUAGUUUAUGUGACGUAGCAAUAUUUGUUGCUUGAAUUGCUCUAUAGUUUCACUAGUGGAUAUUUAUCUUCUUGAACUGUAGCCUUGUGUCUCACUUUGGGAGUAUGCAGAGGCUUUAUACUUUACCUUCUACACUUUUAUCAAAACAGGGUAUAUGAACAAAUUUUCUAUAAAAGGAAUUCUUAAAUGUGAAUUUGUUCGUACAUGAUUGAUCCCACGGGGAAGCAAUUUUUUUUAUUGCACUUCUUUUAAAUAGCAAGAAAGACAUCAAAAGCGCUUGGACAGGGACUUCCUGGACAAUUAUUGAUACGUGUAAGUCUUUCAAUGUGUGUAUGCUGGUGAACAUUCAGAUUUAUUUAUAUUUUUUUUUCGCAAACAUUGAAUAAUCUAAGUGUUUAAAUUUUUAUUUAUCCCCAUUUGUUCAUAUUUAUAUAUAUAUAAAAAAAUCUGUACCCUGAAUAUUCAGGAGGCCAUAUAUUAGAUGGCAUAUCGGCACGUGUUAGAAAUAUCAUUUGAAAGGAAACUAUUAACUCCUUUUAUUAAAAAUAGUGAUAAUAAUGAUGAUGACGAUGCAAUAAAAUCUGGGAAAAAAGAUCGCGGUUUGAAUACUUUAUGCUUGUAACAUCCAGCUAGGCAAAAAUUGUGUGAAGCUGAAAAGGCUAGAUUUGUUUUGAAAGUUAUACAUUCCUUGCUGCUCACGUUCUGGAAAAAAAAAAAUAAAGUUUUUAUUCUGAAUAAUAAAGAGUUAAGGACAUGUUCUUCGCAGCGCAGGGGAAUGGAGAGCCCUUCAUGACGUGGGGAGCUAGGAAACUCGUCUGUAAACUUACACGAGGGUCUGCUCACCCGAAGGGCCCCGCGAUGCCUUUUCAGCAUUUCAUAGGCAGGAAGAGAGAUUUUUCUUUCCCUUCUCUCUCUCUCUCUCUCCCUUCCUUUUUUUUUUUUUUUUUCCCCUUUCUUCCAGCAGGGUUUCAUGGCCCGCGGCCACCGCCUCCUCCCGCACCCGCUGCGCGGUGCCCGGCGGGCCCGGAUCGCCCCCUCCCCGCGGGGUCCGGAGGGGAAUCGGCCGCGGAGCAGCGCCGGGAGGACAGCCGGGGGUGUGGAUGUGGGUGUAGGAGCGUGCGUGGGAAGCACAGGCACCGCUGCUCAGGAUAAAGCUCCGCGUGGGUGCAGGGGCGGAGGGGCCUCCUGGUCGCUGGGCUGAGCCGGGCGGUGAAGGCUGCGGAGCCCCGCCAGGCCGGGGGAGCAGCGCGGGGAGCAGGGUUCCGCCGAACCGCGAAUGCGCUGGGGGUGGAUGCGCGCACUGCUGCUUCUUCCACUCGCUAACCCCGCCGUUUUCCCCUUUUCCUUUAAGAAGUGGAUUUUACCUUUUUCUUUCCCUAUUUUUUUCCCCCCGAAUUAUCAUUUUAAGAAAAUAUUUUACUGGGGCUGAUUUCAUUUUUGCUGAGCCGCCUUUCCUCUUACGGCAGCCUGAAGGUGUGGGGGAGGGGAGCGUUGUGUUCCGUUUCUUCCCGCGGGGGGGGGGUGGAUGUGUGUGCGGGGUGUGUGUUUGUCGGGGGGCGGGGGGGGACACACGGUACUGUAGAAGGGCGACGGUCCCGGCCCCAAAUGGGCACCCAUAGGGGUCCCCAGUCCGAGUCGGCUCAAGGUAGAAUGGAGAAACUCGCAAGCUUGUGCUUAAAUCCGAUUUUUCUUCCUUUCAGGCAAAAUGUCCGUAAUUUUUAGAUUGGAACUUGAAAGAUAAAUCAAAACGGACCUUAAUAGACUAGGUAAAAUAUACCCCUGCACGUUUAUAAAGACAUAUUCCUAUGCUGUGUAGAUAAUAACGCACGCUGUUCACCAUCUGUAUCUUUUAGAGCGCAGAAAAAAAAUGUCGCCAUAUUGGUCUCAUGCUGAAAUAUUAUUAAUCUUUGGGCUUUACCUUGUUCCCAGAACCAUCCUUGCCGGAUGCUGAAACGUUGUCAUGCAUCCGUGAAUCUAUAUAGAGCUUUUCUGCAUAAAUAGAUAAAGCAUGCCCAGUCAAAGAAAAGGAUAGCAAACAGAUUUAUACCGUGCUGUUUAUUGUAUAUAUAGACAUGUAACCGUGAAAGGAAAGGCUAUGCAGGCUAAUAUUUUUCACUGAAAUCUGAUUAUUACAAAAUACAGACCAGCGACUGAUUAUUACUUUUGUAGGCGAAGGAAGCAUUUUUGCAACAUUGCAGGACAAUGCUCGUUUCAAAGGAGCGCCCGUAUAAAAUUCCAGCCGCCCCCGCCCCAGCUCUCGGAUCAGUUAGGUUAGAUACAACAAAAGGUAACGGUACAGUCACGAUACUUACUGCGUGGUUCCUUUAGCACCACGAAUUGCAUUUAGGAAAACGUUCAAAUAGAAGGAAGUUGGCAUUUCAUUCCCCUCCCACCCCGAAGAAAGAAAAAUACAGGCGAUUUCCCCCCCUUCUUUUCAUAAAACGUAUUCAAUCCUCUCUUCAGAGCCUGUAGGUUGCAAAUAUAAAUUUGUAAUUUUGCAUUUAAGAUUCGUCCGAUUAAAAGAUGACCCUGGAGGCAGAAGUAAUUGAUUCUCCCAAGAAUUUUGCGUCCUCUCUGCAAAGGUUUUGUUCCAGGUGGUUUUUGUAUUAGACUGACCACAAGAAACAAAUGUGCAGAAUAGAGACACCCACACAGGUUUUACUCACAAAGCCUGGUUAAAGUCCAAACCUCUCUCUUUAUUAUUUGUCAUCCUGCUCUUAAUCCCAAUAUUUUCCAGAGGGGAAGAAAAAAAAAAAAAAAAAAAAAAAGAAAUCAGAGAAAAGAAAACGUAGGCAUCAAGAAGCAAAAUAAAACCGGACUUUUCCCACAAGCAGCCCAGUCCUCUGCCAGCAUAUUUUAAAAGCAGCUUUUUUCCUUGUUUACUUGCGUUUCUUGCUCUGCCUCUUUUCACGGCCACAUUUGAUCUUGGAAAGAGCAAGAAGCUUUAAAUGUGUUCUUAAGGGCCAGUAGCUGUCAAACCUUUUGGCGGCCAAGAUUGAUCGCGGGCAGACACCACCAGAGCUUUGUUUGGACUAAAAGCAAGAAAAUUAAACCCCUUGCAUUUUCCAACAGCAUCGAUAUUUGUAAGGCAUCCCUUUUGAGGGAUUAAAUGACAAGUCUCGUUCUAUAUUUUAUUUAAACAAGCAACCACCAAAAAGCCCAUUUAAAGCCUCUCGGCCCCUCCCCUCCCCCUCUCUCCAAUGCCUUCGCAGAUAUGCUAUAUCUUGUGGGUGCAUUAACUUAAAACCGAUUUUUUAAAAUGCACUUCGUGCAGACUGGACGCAGACUGAUCCACUGAGUGCUUUGGGUCUUGUUUUCUGUUUCCCCUCCCAUCCACCCCCCCCCCCCCGUUAUUUUUUUUCUUUUUUUUUUUUUUUUUUUAAUAUAAUUACGAAGACGGUUGCCGACCCCUGUUUGGCAACUCCGAAAAUAAAGCGAGACGGCACCUCAUCGCGCUGGCGAUGGUUUCUGGCUCCUGGAGGACGCGGAGAGCGGCUCGGAAGCGCCUUCCCCCGGCCCCCGGCGCACCCCACCCUGCCGUGCACCCCGGGCUCUGCGGGCAAGCAAGCCCUGUCCGGGCUGUCUAGGGCGGCUGUGACCAUAGGAUUCAUCGGGUUGGUGAUUGUGGCCACCAUUGUCAUCACUCUCCCUGUCGCCUCAGUAUGGUUGGAAAAUUAUGCCAAAAGCAUCCAAAUUCUGGACUUGCCUCGACCUGGCGGGGGUGACUGGAGGCGGCGGCGGCAAGAGCCAAGCAUCGGAGGCGAGUGCAGUCUCUCAAGUCAGAACCCCGCAGCAUUUUCGCUCUGUCUGGCCCCUUGAAAACAAACCCGCUACCAGCCCAUAUAUUUCCUGGUAAUCGAAAAUACUCACCAGACCCAGCCUACUACGGUUAUUAAGCAAAUUAUGCCAGCAGACGGGAGUAUCGUUUGCAAGCUAAGGCACGGGAUAUAUACUUUUUUCUAAAGAGUAAACAGCCAGACGCAUUUGCAGCCUCGCGAUUUGGCUCGCCCAGAGAGGUUCUCCUAGGGUUAUGUGUAACGGUCCAAUCCCGGGAAGCCAACUGGAGAGGGAAGUCAUGAAGCGCCAGGGCUGCUGCCUAUGUGACUCUUCUCCUCGAAGCAAGGUUGCUGAGGAAGAUCCUGAUAAACAAUGGCUCAGCACCGGCGACCGAUUGUUCUCCAUACUGUACACCCGAUAGCCAUCAAAAAAGAAGAAGAAAAAAAAAAAAAGAGGAAAAGUGGAAAAAAAGAAAGAAAAACCAAACAAGAACACAAAACCAAACAAACAAGCAAACAAACAAAAAAUACAAAGGAGCCCAUUGAGGCUGAGUCGGGAAGGAGAAA